AUGCUUAAAAUUACUACCUUUUUAUUAUUUUUGUUUGUAGCGCUCAUCUCUGCUACCAAUGUUGAUUACAUUAUAGCCUUGAAAGCACCAGUGACAGAUAAAACGUAUAAAGAAGCAAGAGCUGAUGUACAGUCUGCUGGUGGUAAGAUCACUUAUGAAUUCCGUGCUGCAUUCAAGGCUGUUCUCGUAUCCUUACCAUCCGAACAUGUAAGCAUUCUGAGCUCAAAGCCCUAUGUCGAAUUCAUGGAAGAAGAUAAAUCUGUUCACAUCGCCUAA